AUGGGGGAUGCGACCGAAUCCAUUGCUUCAAAGGCCAACAGCCACAAUGGUGGGAACGCACCUCCGCCAAGUGCCGGCAGUGACGGUGUCAAGGCGGACCCUCUGAACGUGAACGAGCAACCACCCGAACCCGCCUUUCCGCUCCUACAGAACAAUACUAGCAGCGAGACUCUGGCGCAAAAUGUCCAAGCUCAGAAAGGCGGCACCGUCGAAGACGACGCCGACGAAGAGCCUGCCGUAGCCCAACCUUUUAUCCGAACACACAGUCCCGACUCCGCCUCGAGAGAAGAUACGCCGCCGGAAGAGGAACGGUCGCCGGCGCGCCUCUUCUACAAGAUGCACAAGUUCACACUCUAUGAGACCGCCAGUCGCUACUACAUCGUGGGGGGAGAUGUCACGGAAAAGCGGUACCGUAUCCUGAAGAUCGACCGAACCACCCAUGACUCGGACCUGAACAUCGUAGAUGAGAAGAUCAUAUACAGUCAGAAGGAGAUGGCCUCGAUAUUAGACACCAUCGACGAUGGGAAUAAAGGGACCGGAGGCAUCAAGCUGUGUUGUACCACUUGGGGCUUGCUUGGCUUUAUCAAGUUUACUGGUCCAUAUUACAUGUUGUUGAUAACCAAGAAGAGCACUGUUGCCAUGAUCGGAGGUCACUAUGUUUACCAAAUCGAUGGCACCGAAUUGAUCCCUCUGACCCCACCUAGAUACAAGCCAGACAUUCGCAAUACAGACGAACAGCGCUUCCUGGGCAUUCUCAAUAACCUCGACUUGACGCGCUCCUUCUAUUACAGUUACUCAUAUGACAUUACCCGCACUCUGCAGCACAACAUCACACGAGAGCGUAUUGCUCUCGUAAACGGUUUGCCGGGUACCACCUAUGAGGACCCGAAUCCCAUGUUCGUCUGGAAUAGUCACCUACUCCAACCGGGUGCUGACUCUUUGCAUGAGCCUUUUGACUGGUGUCGCCCCAUCGUCCACGGGUACAUCGACCAAGCCGCCGUUUCCAUAUAUGGAAGAACUGCACACAUCACAGUUAUUGCCAGAAGGUCUCGUUUCUUCGCCGGUGCUCGAUUCUUGAAGAGAGGCGCCAAUGAUAUGGGCUAUGUUGCCAAUGAUGUUGAGACAGAACAGAUUGUAUCAGAAUCGCUCACAACCUCGUUCCAUUCUCCUGGACCUAAACUUUUUGCCAGUCCACAAUACACAUCCUACGUUCAGCAUCGAGGCAGCAUCCCGCUGUACUGGACACAAGACAACAUGGGUGUUACCCCUAAGCCACCUAUUGAGCUCAAUCUCGUUGACCCCUUCUACACUGCUGCCGCUCUCCACUUCAACAACCUCUUUGAGAGAUAUGGCUCACCUAUUUACGUCCUCAAUCUUGUCAAGGCGAAGGAAAGAUCGCCCAGAGAGUCCAAGCUCCUUGACGAGUACACCAACUGCAUCAACUAUCUCAACCAGUUCCUGCCAGAUGACCACAAGAUUAUCCAAAAGCAUUGGGAUAUGAGCCGAGCAGCCAAGAGUCGAGAUCAAGACGUUAUCGGGACUCUCGAGAACAUUGCAGAGCAUGUCGUCACAACCACUGGCUUCUUUCACAAUGGUGACGGUGUGAUUUCUCCAUCUCAAGUACAAAACGGGGUGGCCCGAACGAACUGCAUCGACUGCCUAGACCGUACUAACGCAGCUCAGUUUGUUAUUGGCAAGCGCGCUCUUGGACACCAACUGCAUGCACUGGGUAUUAUUGAAGACACCAUUGUUGAGUAUGACACCGAUGCCGUCAACCUCUUUACGCACAUGUAUCAUGAUCACGGUGACACGAUUGCCGUACAAUAUGGUGGUUCACAGCUUGUGAAUACCAUGGAGACGUACCGCAAGAUCAAUCAAUGGACAAGCCACUCUCGCGACAUGAUCGAGAGCUUCAAACGAUACUAUAAUAACUCCUUCAUGGACAGUCAACGCCAAGAAGCUUACAAUCUGUUCUUGGGCAAUUACAUCUUCUCUCAGGGGCAGCCCAUGCUAUGGGAUCUGUCGACCGAUUACUACCUGCAUCAUACAGACCCCAGAACUUGGUUGGAGAAAGUCCCGCAUCAUUACAUACGCUGGUUUAACCCAAGAUACUUGCAAAAGAGGACCUUGCCGCCUUACGUCGUGCUGAAGCGCCACGACGAGACCCAGCCAGUGUCAGCCUACGAUGAUUAUUGGCUGGAAUAUUACAGGCCCUCAACUUUAUCGUCUUUUAUGAAGAUGUUUCCGUAUAAGAUGAACUCCACUAUUAAGUAUAUACCCUUCAAAUCUACCCAAGAGGGCCGGUACGAUCUAAGCCCCUUCCGCGUCCGAACCGAGGACAAUCAAGAACAUCAUGAGAGAAAGAAGCCAGCACAUGUAGGCAGGAAAGAAGUUACUAUUGUUGAUCCUCAAGAGAAGCAAAAGGCAAAGGCCGACGAGGCUGACGCUUUGCUGGAGCGCCCAGGUACUCGUGGCAUCUCUAUACAUCGAUGGCUACAGCCAGUGUCUCUUGAAAAUAAGCCCACAAUUCCCCAAGGUAUCAUGAAGGAGUCCACCCAUGGCGGGCAAUCCUCUGAUGUGCCUCGUAAGCAGACGCCACAAGAGAAAUCCAAAGCCGCGCAGUGGACCUUCAAAACCAUGGUACAUGAGUCCCUCAAUCCAUCAGUCAACGCACAUGACACGGACGAGUAUCGGCGGUACAUUUCGCAUCCCCAGUCCCUGCCUCUCGUCAUCUCUAACGAGGCACCUGCUGAUGUGGACGCUUCCGAAUACACUGAGUACCUCAACGGAAGCUGGCAAACUGACGGGCUCGCAAAUGAUAAGACAGUCCACGAGGAGGACAUCACAGCAUACUGGGACUUGUUAAAGGUUGGUGACAAUCCGCUCACAGUCACAGACGACGAUUUGCCAAAGAAGAGAUACAAAGCCUACGGCAAGUGGCUAAGGGGCAAGAGUCUCUUCAAACAGCAGCCUGUCGAUUAG